UGAUGAAUAAUUCCCAACAGGAUACGAACAGCACACGCUGCCAACAGCAAACAGCAGCUCCUUGUAUAUUUGCGGGGCUUGACCGUUUGUCAAACAAAUUUCCCUUUUCUGGGACGACAGCUGAAACGACAGAUAGUACAUCCUUUCGGAGCAAAUCUUUUAAGGGAGAUCAUAUAAUACAAUUGAAAAUGACAAAACCUUAUCUGCAUUUUACGAGGAGAAUACUAGGGCUAAACUAAAGUUAUCGACAUCUUGGUGAAAAAGCCUAUAAUUCUCCCUUCAAGAUCAUCCCUCGAGAGACAGAAAACCUAUGAAGUAAAUGGCAGAAAAACGAAACCUUCCUAUGCCUCGAAAGCCACUGUCCCGAUGUUGACAAAGUGUUUGAGCUGAGAGGAGCAUAUUACCUGUUGAGAAACAGAACGCAUCUUACGCACGAAGGGCAAAUUGAUACCGACCAUGUGGUCCCUGGCUCUGCUAGCGCUAGUCACCAGUCUUACCCCCGUUGGUGGCAUCUUUAUCCCAUAUUUCAAGAGUAGGAACCAUUCGGACAAUGCCUUCCACAUCGCAUACAACAUGAUGGACUUAGAUGCAAAUGUCUCUAGAUUUGGUCAAGACCUUGACCGAGUGAAGGCGAUUUCCCGCCAGUAUUCGCUGGAUGAGCGGUGUGAGGCCGGGAUGCCUUUGUCCAUAGCUUGGCACCAGUACUCGCCCUAUGUCACGCUAUUUAAAUCCGUUCACAACAGACGUGUGGGAUUCACGGUAGAUGGCAUGUUCCCUUCGAUAAUGAGUCAGAUGCUUCAGGCUUGCUGCCACCCCAAUAGCACUGUGCUGUUCGGUAAAUUCCUCAAAUCAGUACGACAUGCAGAAGACACCAUGAUGAGCAACGAGUACGACAUGACUUUUCCCCUGUACGGGUAUGACGCUUUUAGUCGGUCGUUCCGUGGCCACGCCUUCCUGCAGCUCGUGCGAGCCCCGCGUAUUAUUCUUCUCGUGCAUGACGACCCGAGCAAGACGCGAACCCACGUGCUCUUCACGACAAUCAUCAGCGCGUGGCCCAUGCUGAUCUUUAUCCUGGUGACCGCCUCCCUCUCGGGUAUCAUCAUAUGGUUCCUGGAUCACAGUCAGAACCCGGACGAGUUCCCUCCCCCAUUCCUCAGAGGGGCCUGGGAAGGGUUCUGGUGGGCAUUAGUAACCAUGACAACCGUAGGGUAUGGCGACCGAUCUCCCAAGUCUGCGUUUGGCCGCGUGUUCUGCAUCGUGUGGAUCAUCACAGGCGUCAUCAUAGUGUCCAUCUUUACCGCACUCGUCACCGCAUCUCUAUCAGCAAGCACUUACCCCAAUUUUAAAAUACACGGAUCUAAGAUCGGGGCCGUGAACGGGAGUGAGGAAUACCGCCUGGGAGUGAGCAUGAAUGCCGAUAUGAAAGUAUUCCCCAGUAUAUACAAAAUGACAUCGGAACUGCUGACCAACGACAUCGACGGCGCAUUGGUGGAUAAUUACGUCAUCACUUACUUUCUGAAACUGAUCCGAGAUGAGCCAAUCAGAGUGGAGAAAUACAUCGAUCACUCGAUUACCUAUGGCGUGGCUCUGGCGCUGAAUUCCUCGCGUCUUGAGGCAUGCAUGAGGGAGUACUUUAACGAUUACCCUCACGAAGUGUUUGAAAGUAUUGCAGAGAAGCUAUCUCCUCUUAAGAAUCCGACUGAUGACGUCAGUCCCCAGCUGAAGGCCGCUGAGGCGUUGUUCUACCAAGAAGACAUGUUUGCUACUAUUAUGUACGCGGGGCUUGGCUCCGUUGGAUUCCUAUUUGCGAUUGGAUUUAUUUGGGAGAUGUUCUGCCGACGGCCCAAACUUCGUAACCAGCGCAUGCAAUUCAAUUCCAAGAUGGCGUUUAACUCGAAUGACGAGACGGUGAAGCUACAGCCAACGGACGAGACUCAGUAUGCCAAACUUGACACGAUGAUUGCCGAAUACCAGAUGUUCCACGAGUCAUGGAUAGACAACCUCAAGAAGCUACGAGACAAACAAUUUAACGCCGCUAACGCUAAUCAUAUAACGGGAAAUCGUACUGAUGUAUAGUAAUUAGCGCAUUUUGUUAUCGUUUCGGUUUGUUAUCCAACUGUGCAGCAAAUGUCAUAACCCGUGAGGCAGGUGGACAUCGCUUUGCUAUUUCUAGUAUAUCGCUCCAAAUUUAAAGUUUUAGAUAAUUGAUAAACUCUCGUAAAGCGGUCUCAGUUUUUUUUGCGCCGAUGGGGUAAACCGCUAGACAUAUUAAUGUUAAAUGCAUGCUUUGAAAGAAUACUUGCGCAAAAAUGAUGGCCCUUCACAACAGACUUCCAUUUGUAUAAUCGCCCGAGGACCUGAACACGGGUAUUGCCACAGUUUUAGAUAAUCGAGUCUCUGCUCUUUGCAUGCACGCCGACCUCUCUUUUAUUGUAUUCUGCAAUUCUUUUCAAAUGAUGCCCCUCGCAUUACCUCCGAUGAGCCGCCGCCAUUCCGUUCUUUUAUGCACUGCUAAUGGCAGUGCUGAAUAAUGUAUGCGCAUGCGCGUGUUCUGGCGAAAACAAACAAAAUCUCAGUGUAUAAA